CGCUCAUUUUAUUUUUUGAGGAUGGUUCAGUCGAGUCUCGACCAGUGUUCACGUAAGGUCUGUGCGGAAGCAUAACAAAAGGUGCUGCUAUGGCUUUGGACACGGGGAUGAAAUGUAUAAAAUAUCUUCUUUUCAUUUUCAACCUGCUGUUUGUGGUCAGCGGGGGUGUGUUGAUCAUCGUGGGCGCCGUGAUCGAGGCCAACUACAGAACCUACCUUGACUUCAUGUCCGCCACUUAUCUGUCGGCUCCUUCCAUCCUCAUCGCCGUCGGCGUUCUCAUCUUCGUCGUAGGAUUCUUCGGAUGCUGCGGUGCCAUCAAGGAGAACCACUGCAUGGUUGUCACGUUUGUGGUACUCCUGUGUAUGAUCUUCGUUGUGCAACUUGGUGUUGGCAUUGCAUCCUACAUCUUGCGUAACGAUGUUGAAGUUUUCUUGCACGAUAACAUGCUCAAGACCAUGCACAAUUAUGACCAUUCGCGACCUGGAGUUAUCAAGACUUGGGAUGUCAUCCAGCAUGAUCAUGCUUGCUGCGGCACAAACAAUUAUGAAGACUGGACCUCCACUCCAUAUGGAGAAGAAUACAAUGGCGUACCCGAUGCUUGCUGCAAGGAACAUGUUUCUGGUUGUGGAAGAAAUAUUUUCAAUUUCUCACAGAAGCUGAACGACAUCAACAAAGAAGGCUGCUUUGAUAAGCUGAAAGGAGAUGUGGAAGAAAAUGUAACCAUCCUUGGUGGCAUUGCCAUUGGUAUAGGUUUUGUUCAGCUGAUUGGUAUUGCCUUUGCCUGCUGUCUUGCCAAGUCCCUGAAACGCCAGUAUGAAACAGUGUAAUGAUAUAAAGUCUUUUGAAGAAUCUCAUCUUAUGCCUGCAUGAGCACCAGGAUUUGCUCACAGUUAUUGUUUAUUUUAUAUUCAUUUUUUUUUUUUUAACUUUGGUGGUUAGGCAAAAGGUUGCAAUUUCAAUACUUUGCAUUUUAUCAUCUCCUGCUGUUGAAUGUUUUGGGAACACAAGGUGACUAGAUAUUUAGGUUACAAUAUUGCUUUCUGGAGAUCAGAGGUAAUCCUGCCGUUGUUGCAGUGAUAAAACCAGUUUUACAGUGAAUGUACUGUGCAGUUAUUAAAAUCUAUAAUAUUGAUUUUGUACAGUGGUAAGUAGUUUCUAUAUUACAGUAGCACAAAACUCAGAGAGUGUUGAUCAAAAUUCUUAGGUCGGCAGUAUUAUUCGAGCACAUUAAUUUUAAAAGCACAAUGUAAUAAUAUAAAGUGGGAGAAUGAAUUUUUUUGAAUGAAGUACUUUUUGUGCUUCAAGUUACAUGUAAAUACCUAUAUCAUAUAUCUAAUGUAAAAAAUAUUUGCUCUUCAAAGACUAAGUCAAUAAUUAAGUUGGGUUUUGAACUAAUGAAAAAGAGUUUAAGGCAAUAUCAUAGAGGAAGAGGUUCAUUUGAAUUUACAUGGCUUUUUUUUCUUCAGGUUAUAUUUGCAUUAAAUAAAUUUGUAAUUUGAAGGAAAUGUUAAUAUUCGAAACAAAAAUUUCAGUUGGGGGAAAGAGGUGUCAACAUUUGGAACAGCACCCAUUGUUUUAUUGUGUAGUAGGUUUAUUUUCAUUUUUUACUACUGUGCACUAUUUUCCAGGUUUGUGAUCUCAGUUCGUAAUUUUGAGUUAUGAUAAUUUAGUUCUUUCAUGUUAUGCCUCAUCAAAGGAGAAAUGUAAGAUAGAUAUUGCCUUGAAUGUUGCCUAACAAUAUUUUAUGAAAAACUCUUAUGAAAAAUGCUCAUAACAAACUGGUUACUAGCUUUGGUUUACUAUUAUUUUCUUGAUAUAAAUGUUCAAAUAUGCACUAUAGAAAGACUCUUUAUGUAAAUACAUAGAUAUUCAGUCUUUCUAUUUGUAAUUUAGCUCUUUUCAGGGCAUCAUUAAGAUUUUGUGUGUUAUGCAAUCAUUUUUACAGAAGGUAAGAGUUUGGUUGAACUAUUUCAUUAUAUUGCAGUCAUACAGGCUACAGUUAUUUUCAUAGUUUCAUUUUUAAAAGUAAGUUUGAGAUUAGUUUAUAAUUAUAUACUGUACAGUAUACAUAUUAUGUAUUAUUGAAAGGUGGCAAAGACGUGAUUUCUUUUCAUUCAAAGGAAUAUAUUUAAAUAUUUUGUUAUAUAAGGAUGAAUCUCAUCGAGUAAUCUUUAAGAGCUUUAUAGGUAACAGUGAAACACUUGUGGCAGAUAUAGCGAAGCAAACCCAACUAUGACUUGCAUUCCUUUUAAGUGUCAUCAAAAUUUAUAGUACAAAAUUACACCAGUAUGCAUUAAUUGCUCUGUAUUUCACAAAAAGUCCCAGACUGUGUUUCAUUCUUGAUGCACAAUAUUUGUUGCACACACACACACACACACACUGGGAAGUGUUGUUGUUAGAAUCCAAUGAUAAUUGAAAAGAAUUUCAAGUCAUUUUUGGUUUUAGCUUUUAUGCCUCUAUCCCUCCACUUCUGUUCUGUAGUAGCUGCUGUUAUGCUUGACGUUGAUGUUAGCAUUGAGGAUCUGUAAAGCUUAAAACCAGCAUUCAACAAUCAGCAGCCUUCUCAGCUAGUUUUAUUCUACAUGGAAAAAGCAAGGGUUGGAUAUAUGAAGACAUACUUUUAUGUAAAUUUUAAACCCAAAUUUGAUUCAACCCUAUCCACUGUUACUUCAGUUUUGAGGAAAGUGAAAGUAACUAUUUCCAUCUUAAAACUGCUGUUCAGUACUUUUAAAUUGACAAAUGAAGGCAAACAUUUGCAAAUUUAACUGAUUUUUGUUAGAGCCAUAUACUAUGUACUCUUAAGAUUGUCCUUGAUAAAUAUGAAGUAAUCUGUAAAAAUGCUGGUCUCAGUUGGGUUUAUAGGAUACAGGAGGUAUUGUUAAUUUAAUGAGCAGUGCAGAUGUGGCUUCCUUAAUGCUGUCAUAGUAGCAGACAAGUUCCAUCUAAUUUACAAAUGUAUAAAGCUUUCAUAUUGGCAGAGUAGCAGUAUUUUGAUAUUUAAUCAUGGAUGGCUGGAGAUGAAAGUUUCAAGUACAGUACUAUAAGAUUUAAGAUGUGCCAAAUGUACACAAAACAGUUUUUUGUUUCAACUCUUGCCUGCAUGUUGAUCAUUCGUUGGCACAUUAAUUUGGCUUUGAUAUUUUAAGACCCAUAAAAUUUGUUCUUAGGUCGGCAUAUUUCUGUCAAUAACAGCCUUUCUCAUGGUGACUUACAGUUGAUGUUAUGACCAGGUUGUUAAUAUACUACAGUUCCAUUGAUGAAUGUGUCGACAAAUGUAUAAUUUGUAACGAGUUUUAUAAGGUCUAAUGCUAAUGAAGUUGGAUUUUUUUUCUUGGAUGUCUAGGUAAGCCAAGCCCUGUUUUAUUGUACUGGCAAAUAUCAAAUCACAAGGAUUUUGUACACUUUUUAAUUUUAUGGCAAAAUAGUUUCAAGAUGUACAUGCCUGUAUACUAAGAGUUGAACUUCAUGUUUACUGCUUGAAAACACACAUUAUAUAAAGUUUAUGAUGUUUGGUGUUUUUGUGUGACUGAUACAAUUGAGAAGAAGGUGUCUGAAUGGUUGUUAAGUUCCUGUUUCAAGAAUAUCAUUCUGAGGGAAGUUGAAAAUAGUCCAAGACCAUGUUACAGAACCUGCUGUUGAGUCUUGAUACAAAUUUCUUAGGGCAUUUCCAACUAUUGAGGAUAGGUUUCAGCUACUCUAUUGGCUACUGAAUAGUAUAGGAAACUGUGUAUAAUGUAAUUACUGUAAUUUACACCGUUUUUAAAGCACUCUUGGACGAACUCCUUUGGUAUGAUACUCUUUCAAAAGCAACCCUUUUCUCAUACCUUUUUAUACUGAUUCAUGUGAUUUUUUUCCAUCACCCUGUCCAGCAUCCAUCAUCAAUUCCUCCAGCUUUCAUGAUUCUUCUUUUUCCCUCCAAUGUAUCUUUUUUUUCAAACAUAUAUAUUUAUAUAUGAAUAUAUAUAUAAAUAAAUAUAGUUCAUAUUGCCUGCAGUCUGCUCCACCAUUGUGUUCAGAUGGAUGAUUGCUUCACUUAGCCAGGGGUUCUGAUAAAUUAUCACUGCUACUGCUCAUCAGCCUUUAGACAAUGAAUGUUUGACAGGAAGCACUUUUCUGUUACAAUGCUAAACACAACUUAAUACUUUAGUUUAUUAAAUUAGUAGUCGUUACCCUACUGAGAUUUUACUGGCACAGAAAGAAAAUAUUGGUGAUCCUCAGUAGCUUAAAAUUUCCUUGCCUCUAGCUUUAAAGAUGGCAGAGUAUAUAUUUUUGGUUAAAUGUUCAGAAGAAGAAUGAGGUAGAAGUAGUAAUCGCUAUUAAUUUAUUUUUUCAUGAUUAUAUAAACUAAAACAUUGGCAGUAUUGGACUGUAGUGAGUGAAGAGACUAAUAGGGACAGAAAGGCAAGAUAUUAAAUUCUUCCUUUUUAUACACAGUCUGGGAACACUGAAUAUCAAGCAAAAAUUUAUGUUCACUUUAGUCUCUUUAAAUGUGCUAAUUGCAGUGAUGUAGAUAUAUAUAGUCUACCAUUUAAGCAGUGCUUUGAGGUGAUGUGAGAGCAAUAAUCUGUAUCUGGAUGAGAGAAAUUAGAGAUAUUUUUAACCUUUGCACUCUUGCACCAUGAAUUCAAUUUUGCACCCCUAAAUAACCUAUGUACAGUUAAACAGCAGCACCAUAGGAAAUCUUGAGAAUGAUAGUAGCAUUCACAACUAACUGCCAACACAAUUGUUGCCUAUGUCUCAUGAUGAGCUUCUCAAGGUCUCCUACCAACACAUGGUAUUGCGCUGCUAUAAUGUUACAAAUAUUGGGAUAUUUAUACUUUAAAUUGUCAUGAAAAUCAAUACUACAAGUUUGUGGAAAUAAAAAGUUGAUUCAGGGUA